UUCACAGCUGCUACUUCAUUUUCGAGCCCUUCUUUUAUAUCAAAAUCCUCUCUCUGUCUGUUACAUUUUCUUUUUUAUUACCAAAGCAUUCCAAAAACAACUGUUCAUAGCUACCAUUUUCACCUAGGAUUCACCAAAGUUUUCUGUUUUGGGAAAGGCCUUUUGCUCUCCCUCCUUUACAAUUAGUGUAUGGUCUCAAAAUGGGGAGGCACUCCUGCUGUUACAAGCAGAAGCUAAGGAAAGGUCUUUGGUCCCCUGAAGAAGAUGAGAAGCUGUUGAGGCAUAUUACAAAGUACGGCCAUGGUUGCUGGAGCUCUGUCCCUAAACAAGCUGGCCUGCAGAGAUGUGGAAAGAGCUGCAGAUUAAGGUGGAUUAAUUACUUAAGGCCUGAUUUAAAGAGAGGCACAUUCUCACAAGAAGAAGAGAAUCUCAUAAUCGAACUUCAUGCAGUUUUGGGGAACCGGUGGUCCCAGAUAGCUGCGCAAUUGCCAGGAAGAACCGACAAUGAAAUUAAAAACCUAUGGAACUCUUGCUUGAAGAAGAAGCUUAGGCAGAGAGGCAUUGACCCUGUCACUCACAAGCCACUCUCUGAGGUUGAAAAUGGAGAAGACAACAACAAGAGUCAACACACAAACAGCCUGGACAUGGUUUCCGGGCCAUCUAGUGAAUUGAAGCUCAACACCGACAACCUUAAACCUGGAACAGCUUUAUAUGAACAAAGACCAACAUCAUCAAUUACUGCACCAGCACCAGGUUAUCAGUUGGAAAUGGAAGGCUGUUCCAGCUCCAACAAUCUGAUGACAUCUACAACCCGCAAAGACUUGUUCCUCGAUAGAUUCGCAAGCACAGCCACCACUACCAACGGCCAGCCUUGUGAUUUCAUGCCUCAUUUUCCGGUUCAGCAAUUGAGCUACGCAUCAACCAACCCAAGGCUCUCACCCUGGUUCUCCCAGUCUGAGUUUUCUUCAAGUUCCAUGUCUACACUUCUCCCACCAUUGACAACCUCACCAUUCCUUUCCUCUCCUAUAGGAUUCAACCCUUCUGUCACACUUCCCUCUCACACUCCUUCAAUGCCUUCCUUUACUGUUAACAACAGUUACGCUUGGGGAAUGGCAGAUUGCAGCACAUCAGAGAAAGAAGAAGCUCCAAUCCAUCUAAUGGAAACCCAACCCGACGAAAUGAAAUGGCCGGAAUAUCUCAAUAACCCAUUAUUAAUGGCGGCUGCUUUGCAAAAUCAAGCACCACAAUCCAGCUUAUACAAUAUCGAGAUAAAAUCGGAAACACAUUGCUCAACGAAUACUAAGAGUUUAUCAAACAGUAUGUGGCCUCAAAAUCAACAGCCGCAGCAGCAACAAGAAGGUUUACAAAAUUCCGAUAUGUGUGCUAAGGAUAUCCAGAGACUUACGACAGCUUAUGGACAUAUUUAGCUCUGCCUUUUUUUAUAUCAGGUGUGUACCAUAGUUUUUCUUUUUCCUUCAUAUCUAGUGUAUAUAAGUAUGAUACACAAAAUUCAUCACCUCUGGUUUUGGACUAUUUGUGAGCAAAAAAAAAAAAAAAAUCAUAUUGUAAGCUUUUUCGUCCAUUCUUUUGUGUGGGUGUGAGGUAGAACUGCAGAAUAAGGCUUGUUUUAGUGUCUUUUUACUCUUCAUUGCCUGGUUGCAUAUGGUCAUAUUUGUGUAUUAGAAUGUUGCAAUUCUAUAUGUGAACGAUUGUUUAUAAAAGAACAAAAGUACAUUUCUUAUUCAUCCA